AAAUACAAUUUCAGUGCUGGAUAAUGUUCCAAGCCGCACUAUGCUAACCAGCACUGCUUUGCGCGUCGCCAAUAGUGGUGUGCUAAGUGAUACGUCAGCUAUCGACUUCGAGUCUUUGUCAUCGCUGUUAUCAGCUGUUUGUGCCGCUUAUCUUAACUUAUAGCCAAAGUAGUCUUAGUGGACAUUGAAGGCACAACUACUUCUAUCAGCUUUGUUCACGAUGUCCUCUUUCCGUAUGCUAAGAAAAAUGCAUUUACAUUUUUGAAGGACACUUGGUCAUCUGAUGAGACGCAGAGACUCGUCCAAGAGUUGAUGGGGACGCCGCAGUACGUUGAAUAUGCAGCGACUAUGAACACUGAUGGCGCUAAAAUUGAUAACGUCACCGCUUUCAUACACUAUCUUAUCGACAAGGAUUUGAAGGUGACGCCGCUGAAAACGUUGCAAGGACUAAUUUGGGCGAAGGGAUAUACAGCUGGUCAGCUAAAGGGACACGUGUACGAGGAUGUGCCUGUGACUUUUCAAUCCUGGCGUGAAGCCGGGCUUAUAAUUGCCGUCUACUCCAGUGGCAGUGUAGCUGCACAAAAGCUAAUCUUUGGUCACAGCAUAGCUGGUAAUCUGUUGCCACACAUCAGCGCACACUUCGACACCCACGUGGGCCAUAAACAGCAAGAAGAGUCCUAUACCAACAUAGCAAAGGCGCUGAACGUGCCUCCAGAGGAGGUGCUUUUUCUAACGGAUGUGGUGGGAGAAGCGGCAGCAGCGCGUGCAGCCGGCAUGCAAUCUGUAAUACUGCAACGACCGGGAAAUGCUCCAUUAACCGCAGAUCAAACAGCUUCCCACAAAAUUGCUGACAAUUUUCUGCAGUUGCGUUUGAGCAAAACGCCCUGAAUAAAAUGUUUUCUACUAUACAUACUAGAA